AUGGCCAUCAGUCCGCAAAUAACCAAUCUGGUCAUUAUCUUGGCCUUUAUGCAGAUUUCCAAAAAGGUGCCCUUUGACAAUCCCACCGUCCUCAAUGCCGUACGCGCGCUGUACAUCACGUCCAACGCCAUCAUUCUGGGCAUCUACCUCUAUGUCCAGGCCCAGAUCAACAAGAAGAAUGACAUGACGGUAGUAAAGUACGUCGAGCCCGCGCCCAUGGGAUCCGGCGAAGAGCCCAAAUUCGUAGCCACGACGGUCAAGGCAUACGACUUGUCCAAAUUGCGCGAGUUGUUCAAGGCCCAGCUCAUGGGCGUGGGCAUGAUGGCUGUCAUGCAUCUCUACUUCAAAUAUACAAACCCGCUGCUCAUUCAGUCGAUUAUCCCGCUCAAGGGCGCUUUUGAAGGGAACCUCGUCAAGGUCCAUCUCCUUGGACAGCCGGCGACGGGCGAUUUGGCAAGGCCCUGGAAGGCGAGCGGGGGUAUGAUGGGGGCUAUGGGUGGAGGCGAGAUUAAGACGGAUAAGAAGAGUAUCGAGGCUGCGGAGCGGGCUGGCCGUGGCGGUGUCAAGGACGAGUAG